AUGGCUCCCCUGGUGGUGAGGGGGAAGAACAUCAGGCGUGGGGGGAACAGAAGGGUUUCCUUCCUAGAUCAGAUGUACAUCGACGUUUACGGUGUCAACGUUCGCUUCCUGCAGAGGAAGACCGUCCUGGUGAAUGGUGAGCGUGUUGCCCCUCCUCUCAGUCCAGUCGAUGGUCUGACCAUCACCAUGAACUCCAGGCAGGUCCAGCUCACCACUGACUUCGGACUCACUGUACGCUUUGACGGCAACAUUCGUGGAGAGAUCAUUCUGCCCAGCACCUAUAAGAACUCCGUCAGAGGGCUGUGCGGAAACUACGACGGAUUCACCAGGAACGAGUACAUGAAGCCAGACGGAUCAGUGGUCAGGAACCUGAACAAUUUUGGAGAGAGCUGGAGGGUCAGUGACCGACAGGCGGAGGGAGUGAAGAUCUCCAACCUUCCUCAGACAGUCCACAUCCACAGACGAGAGGUGGAGACUGAUCCAGACUCAGGGUUUGAGACAUCGGACUGCACUAAGGCUCAGCUCGAUAACUACAACAGUGCAGCUCAGUGUGGAGCGCUGUCUGACUCUAAGGGCCCGUUUGCUGUCUGCCAUGCCGCCCUGCCACCUAAAAGCUACCAGGAUGACUGUGUGUUCGACCUGUGUGCGGAGGAGGGCAGUGCGGCGCUGCGCUGUGCCAGUUACGAGGCGUACGUAGCAACCUGUCAGGAGGCCGGAGUCAAGCUGGGCUCCUGGAGGCAGCAGCUGGGCUGUGCCCUCUCCUGUGACGCCAACAGCUCCUACACCACCUGUAUGUCCCCUUGCCCCGCCUCCUGCGCCGACCUGGCAGCACCCUCUGAGUGUGACACCACUUCCUGUGUGGAGGGGUGCCAGUGUGCCGCGGGCUUCGUCAUGAGCGAGGGGAUCUGUGUGCCGUACACACAGUGUGGCUGCACCUUCCUCAACAGAUACUACACUCUGGGGGAGAAGUUUGUGACUGAGGACUGCUCUGAGACCUGUCAAUGCACCAGCACAGGCGCCGUGUGCCAGGCCAAGACCUGCCAGGGCGGGUACCUCUGCACCAUCUACGACUUCAAACGGGAUUGCUACAGAGCGAGUCCCUGUCUGGAUUACCCCUGUCUGAACGGAGGAGCGUGUAAGGAGGCCAGCAACAGCACCUACACCUGUUUGUGUGCGGACGGAUUCCAGGGAACAAACUGCGAGGUGGAGAUCACACAAACCGGAGGAGGACUGGAAACCAAGUGGAUUAUCCUGAUCGCAGUCCUGGCAUCAGUCGCUGCCAUCGCAAUUGUGACCGCCAUUGUGUGUGUUUGCAGACGAAAAUCCAAGUCGUAUGUUUAUGUAAUUCAGAGAAAGCAGUCGUCUCUAUGGGGGAAAAGCAAGAGCAAGGGGAAAAAACUAAGCCUGACAUCAGCAAGUGUCCCAUAUGCAAACAUGGAUGAACCAAAGACUGAAAAAGUAACUUCCAUGUGAGCUGUUUACCUGAAUCUAACAAACACCUGCUGUAUGAGACCAAAUGUGUUCUGAAGAUAAUUCAGCAGCAAGGAGGAAUACAACUGAGAAAUGAAGGAAGUGUUGUGAAUAUUAUAGAUAUUGUUCAUGUGUUUUGCUGUAUUAACUUAUGCUUUAAAGAAUGUAAUUUUAGUCAGAUGUGUACGUUUAAUUUACAGAAAAAUGUGCCUUUAAGUGUAAUGUAUUUUUUGGAAUUAAAUG